AUGCAGCACAUUUUUACAAGUCCAUCGAGUGCAUAUGGAGGGGAGACGCACACAACACAUACCUGCAAUGCUGCCCUACACAACAUGACCACAGUGGAAGCAGCGCAUAUUGCCUAUGGCUGCUUACAGGUUCAUUUCAGUAUCAGCACUAAGAAUGCUUGGUCUGAAAUUGAUGGUGCUUUCAACUACCAGGACUUCUACAACAACGUUGUCAAGCUUAUCGAAGAUUCACCUGAUCUGGAGUGGAAAGAAGAACUCCUCAAAGCUUGGAACAUGUGA